AUCUGUAGACUGUAGUAAAUAUAAAAUAGACCGCUAUUGGUAAGAGACGUUUAGAACCACCACCAGGAAUUAUGGACUUUACGUUAAAAAUGUUUACUUGUAAUAUGGUGUUGCUUUUUCUUACUAUAUGUGUUCUACAGUUUCAAACAAUAACCGGUGCAGGUGAUUCUAGAUGUACAUCACUGGGUGGUAAAUGUCAACUAACAUCAGAGUCAUGUUCCAGAGGAAAUUAUAGAAGAAAUUUAUGUGGAGGUGCUUAUAACAGACAAUGUUGUUUGGUGACGGUUACUUCUAGUGGAAAUAACCCAACGAUUGUAUCUCGAGCAAGUUGGGGAGCUAGAUCAACACGUCUAAGUAAUAUCAGAUUACCUGUAAGUCGAGUAUUUAUACAUCAUACAGUUGGUAGUUCCUGUACUUCUCAGUCUUCCUGUAGUCGAGUUGUUAGAAAUACUCAAAAUUAUCAUAUAAAUACAAGAAAAUAUUCUGAUAUUGGUUACAGUUUUCUGGUGGGAGAAGAUGGGCGUGUCUAUGAAGGCCGCGGGUGGAAUAAACAAGGAGCUCAUACUCGAGGGUACAAUACUAGAUCUAUUGCUAUUGCUUUCCUUGGUAACUUUUCUAACCGCCAACCCAAUGGAGCAGCUUUAACAGCAGCCCAGGAUCUUAUUGCCUAUGGUGUUAGUAAUAACAAAAUAUCCUCUUCUUAUUCAUUAAGUGGACAUAGAGAUGCCCAGGGAGCCAAUACCGCAUGUCCUGGCCAAGCUCUGUAUAAUGUUAUAAAAACAUGGCCUCGUUAUACAAGUUCAACAUAAUUGUAUUGAUAUUAUUAUUUGUUCAAUAAAACCACAUUACUGACAAAAGA